AUGAAUGACUGGGAAAUUGGUGGAACACAAAACAAAUGGGUUUGUCCAAGCGACAGACAUCUACAAUUGAGAGCACACGGUUGGAGUGUUCGGACAGGAAAUGUUCGAUUAUCGACAAAUACCAAAAAUAAUGGUAUAACAGAUUCUGAGAAGAAACAUAUCGUAGCUGUUUUAGCAAGAGCUGAAGAGAGAAGUAUACGGGAACAACAAAGGAUAGGUAGAAUGAUCGAUAGAUUGGAGAAGAUGAAUACUCGAGCAACAGGUAAUGGUAUUACUCAAUGCUAUUUAUGUUCAACUGAUUUCGGAUUACUUGCAUCAAGAAGUUAUGCUGCCAUGUGCUUACAAUGCCGAAGGUAUGUAUGCCAAAAAAAUUGUGGCGUUGAAGCAUAUGAUUGCACACGACGUGAAAAUAUCUUUCUAUGCAAAAUAUGCAGCGAGUAUCGCGAGAUGUGGAAAAAAUCUGGUGCAUGGUUUUAUAAAAAAAUACCGGAGUAUAUUAAGCCAGUUGAAGAUCCGGAAUCACAUUCAACAUUAUCACGCUAUCCGAAAACUCCAUUGCAACAUUAUACAAAACCAGAAACAUCAAAUUUAACAUAUUUAUCCGAUAAGCCUCAACAACAACGAAAAGAGCGAUACAGCUCCACUGUAUUUAACCAUACUCGAAUAAAUCCAUUAUGGUUACAUCAAAAAGUACGACUAUCAUUAAAUAAUGGCUAUGGUUCCGACGAUGAUGAAAAUGCGGAUAAUUCAGCAUCUGAAGAAACCAAAGCAUUCCUAAAAGAGAAUCUUCAACUAACACAAACCGCUACACCAAAUCGAUAUAUCUUAAUUCGAAAACAAAAAGAAAUACAAGAUGUACCCGUUGUUCAUAGGUUUGCAGUUAGUGGUCGAAAUCGAAUUACUGAUAUCGGUACAGUGAUGUUCCAAGGAAGCGAAUCAUAUCAUUCAACGCCAUCAAUGUCACCAAGGCAUUCACCCUCAUCAUUCGGUGAUGAUCUGUCGCAGAAUCAGUCAUCAAUUCUAGCAUCAGAAUCUAUUGAUUCUGGAGUUGUACCAAGUGAUCAUUCAGUGCGAGUAUCAAAAAUUCUCCCUUUAGCUGAUCCAAUGAAUCCAAUGGUAACGAUGAUCAGACAUGCCGAUGAAAGCUGCAAACUUAUCAAACAUUCAAAUCGCUCUCGAAAUUUAUCAUCAUCAUCAUCAUCAUCAUCCGAAAUUCUGAAAGCAUUUCCGUCAUUCGAAAUACAAACUAAGUUGGAUCAAGAAAUUCCUUCACAAAUGAAUAAAAAGAAAUGCUUCUUUCCAAUGCAACAAACAAGUAAUAAGGAAAUUUUAAUGGAACGUCAAUUAAAAAAAAUGUUUCCAUUAAUGACAUCCGCUAACGAAUCGUUACCGCCGAUGGGAUCACAACAUAGUCUACAGGAGGAUCAAUUUUUGGCACUUUCUCCAAGUUAUGGAUCAAGUCCAUCAGGUGCAACUGGAACAACAACGAUAGCAGUAGAUUUGCCGAAACAGCAUUCCUCAAAUCAGGAACAUGCUACCAGUUCCGUAUCAUCAACAUCAUUGGCUCAAAAAUCUAUGAUAUCCCCUGAUAGUCUUCCAUUAAAUUUAAAACAAAUUAAAACAGUUAUGAAACAAUCAAUGAAAAAAGGCCUAUCAACCACUCAAUCAGCGGUUUGCUUGCAAUCUUUGGUUGCUACUGAACUAAUGCUACAAGGUCAAGCAGUACGUCAUGCUCAUUCCGGCAGUCAUAUUAUCAGUUUGCAAAAUUCUGAUACUGAUACACUUGGAUCGAUUCAGUUUACACUUCGAUAUUCUGCCCAUGAAAUGAAACUUCACGUUCAACUUACCGGUGCUAAAAAUUUACGUGCAAUGGAUAAAAACGGGUUUUCUGAUCCUUACGUGAAAUUAUAUUUAAUUCCUGGAGCCUCUAAGGCGACAAAAAUGGUUAGUAAAACAAUUGAAAAAACUUUAAAUCCAUUAUGGAACGAAGAAUUCACAUAUUACGGUAUUACUGAUGAAGAUCAAUUGAAGAAAUCACUAAGAUUAGUGGUACUUGAUCGUGAUCGAAUAGGUUCCGAUUUCCUUGGAGAAGUUCGCAUUCCACUCAAGAAUUUGAAAAAUGAAGAGGAAACAUUUUACAACUUACACUUGAAACAAGAGAUGCUGGCGCAAGAUGUAGAUGUUAACAAUGAACGUGGAAAAAUCUGUUUGAGUUUGUUAUAUAAUGUACAACAAGGUUCACUAUAUGUUACGAUCAAACGUUGCGCAGAAUUGUUAGGCAUGGAUAGAACAGGUUUCUCGGAUCCUUACGUAAAAGUCUCAUUACUUCCACUUACCAAUAAAGCUCAUAGGCAAAAGACAUCAACAAAAAAACGAACAUUAAAUCCGGAAUUCAAUGAGAUUUUAACAUUUGUGGUACCUUUCAAAGAUUUACCAAAAAAGACGCUUCAAAUUGAUGUUUUCGAUAAAGAUGUUGGAAUGCAUGAUGAUUAUAUUGGAGGUAUCCUACUGUCCACGUCCGCGAAAGGUGAGCGUGAGAAGCAAUGGAAUAAUUGUAUUCAGAAUCCGGGCUACGAAUUCGAACAGUGGCAUAAAUUAGAAAUCAUUGAAUGA